CGUUGCUCUAGAUAGAUUCAUGGUUUUUCAUUGAAAACGUGUAUAUUUGUCGCAAUAUAUCAGUUAUAAAUAUUUCCUUUCUUUUCGUAAUAAUAAUAAUAGAAGGGCAACAAAAGAAAUAAAGGUGGCCUUGUCCGGCCUGUAUGCUGGCCAGUUAGACGGUUUGCUUCGGUAAAUAGGAAUUUAGCAACCGGGUUAAGUUCAAUUGUUAUAAUUAUUGUGAUUUUGAUCUUGGGUGGUGCGUUAGGUGGUAUAUCUGGUUUUUUUGAGGGGCAAAAAAAGAGGAGAUGGACUCGAAAUUUCAGAGGGUUAAAACUGAAGAGGAGAACGAUACGCGAGUCCAAACUUAUCCGCCCAAUGAGCAAUUAAGGAUUUGGAAAAAUGUUUUGGUAAUCGGAUUUGCUUUUAUGAUCCAUUUUACGGCGUUUUGGGGCGCGUCGAACUUACAAAGUUCAAUUAACUCAGAAGCUGCUUUAGGAACUUUUACUUUGGCUGCUAUUUAUGGAUCAUUGAUUUUAAGUAAUAUCUUCUUGCCUGUGGUAGUUAUAAGAUGGUUAGGAGCAAAAUGGACAAUAUCCUUGGCUUUCGUGGCUUAUAUGCCUUUUAUCAUGUCACAGUUUUAUCCCCGAUUUUUUACGAUGAUUCCAGCUGGUCUGGCGGUCGGUUUUGGAGGUGGACCACUCUGGUGCGCCAAAUGCACUUUCUUAACAAUUUUAUCGGAGGCCUACUCACAAGUUACCGGGAUUGGAGCAGAUAUUGUUGUUACGAGAUUUUUUGGAGUUUUCUUUAUGUUUUAUCAGUUUUCUCAAGUGUGGGGAAACUUGAUCAGUUCUGCCGUACUUUCUGCUGGUAGUUCUGAUGUGCUUGUAAACAAUACAACUGAAGCAAACCUUACGGAAGUCUUUAGGGAUAUAGUAAAUGUGACUGAGACUCACAGAGACACCGGUGACAUCUGUGGGGCUAAUUUUUGCCCAGGUACAGCCCUGGAAGCCAUACCCAAUUUAACACCACCCUCUACAUCUAAAAUUAAUACCAUCGCUGGUAUUUAUUUGGUUUGCAUGAUUGUUGCUAGUUUAACGGUUGCUUUGGGUGUUGAUUCACCAAAAAGGUAUGACAAUGGUAGAAAAGGCAGUGGUAGUGGUCUCUCUGGACUGAGACUGUUAGCUGUAACUCUUAGGCAACUAGCCAACCCUUAUCAGAUUCUUAUUUUGCCCAUCACUAUGUUUAUUGGAGCUGAACAGGCGUUUAUUGCAGCUGAUUUUAACUCAGCCUUUGUCUCUUGCGGUUGGGGUAUCAGCAACAUAGGAUUCGUGAUGAUUUGCUUUGGAGUCUGCAAUGGACUGGCUGCCAUCUUUAUUGGAGGAAUCAUCAAAAUAACUGGAAGAACUCCAGUUAUUUGCUUGGCCCUCUCACUACAUGUUGCUUUAAUAGUAACUCUACUAGUCUGGAGACCGAGUGAAGAUAACAAAAUUUCAUUCUUCGUUUUAGCUGGACUUUGGGGGCUCUGCGAUGCUAUUUGGCUUGUGCAAAUUAACUCUCUUUAUGGCAUUUUAUUCCCCGGUAAAGAAGAAGCCUCCUAUAGUAACUUUAGGCUCUGGGAGUCAACAGGUUCGGUGAUCACAUACGCUUAUAGUCCCUAUCUUUGUAUUGAUGUUAAGCUGUAUUUGCUUCUUGGAUUGUUGAUCAUUGGAGCUAUAGGAUACACCAGUAUAGAGGUUAUAGAGUGGAAAAGUAAAAAUGCAGAAAUUGUUAAAAAGAGACAAUUUCAGUUAGUAAAGGGUAGUGAAAAAUGUGGAGAAGUUGCUGAUUAGUUGAAAUUUGUGUAGAAUAUAAACAAUCAGGGUGCCCUAAAGGAAACCAGUUCACCAGAGACUCUUAAUUUUAUUUUAUUUAAAUUAAGCUAUUAAUAUAAAGUGAGUUAAGAAUAGCAUCCUGUAGAGCAUAAUAAGGAAUGAGGACAAGACGAUAAAAUUAGGGUGAGAGGAAAUACGUAAAUACUUUAAUGCCUUACGUGUCAAUAUUUAUAAAAAAAAAUGGUGUGGGCAUAUGGCGUUAAAAAAUUUAUAACGUAUUUUCUGGAUGAACUUUUUUUCCUGGUGUACAGUAUUCCUGUAUAAUAUGACAGUCAUCUUAAAUUUGAUUUUUUUUGUAUUUUUGUAAGAUAUUUCUGCUUUACCAGUAUUAAUACCUGAAUAUUAAACAUUUUAAGGUUAAGUACUAGAUAUCCUAAAUCUACAUAUGAUACUUUUUUUAAAUAGACUAUAUUCUUUGCUUACUAGACAAUCCAUUUUUAUAAAAUAAAAUUUUAUUUAAAAUACGAUAUUCGUCUUUAACAAAAACACUAUCCUUUAUAUAUACCUACAUAUAAUAUACAUUUUAACAAGCUUGUCGUUGUUGCAAUUCUCGAAAGUGUUUUCCAACGUGGAUUUAUAUUUUCUGAAACCGUUGAAGUAAAAUUGAAAGAAAUUUACUACAAACUAUCUAUCGAGUUUUCGUUUUAGAAUGUUGCAGCUUUUAUAAAUCAGAAUACGUAUAUAAAUAUUGUAUUUUUAUUGUAGUUAUAAGUCCAUCUAGUGAAACUUUAAUUUAAUUAUUUAAUGGCGUUUAUCUUUUUUUUUGUACAAUUUUGAAAAAUAUUUAUUAGUGCUAAAGAUUGGAGGGGCCAAAGGCUAGACUUCAAUAUCUACGCUACUGUAAAACUUCUUUAAAUAAUUUUAUUGCUUGAAGAUGUACGUCAAUAAAAAUAGUAUUUAGAAAGUAGAUACAUAUUUAGAACUUGCGAAAAUAAUAUUGAAAAACACCUAUUUUCUUUAUACACAAUAUAAAAAAAUUAUUUAUAUGUAUAUAUUAAUCUGUUGUGUAUUUGCUUCUUAAUCCUAAUAUGUAGUUUCCUUAAUUAAUAUGCCUUUAUUUUCGAUUUAAAAAAGUUUUUUUUUAAACAAGGACUAAAAGCAUAACAAUUAUCUCAUAAUAAUAACCGUAGCAUAUUGUAUAUAAUUUAUAUUUUACAUAAAUAUAAAAACAUAUUAAACCAUAAAAACUUGCUAAGCUGUGAUUUUUUAGUGCAUUUUAACACUAACGUAGAAUUUUUGUAUUUUUAU